GAGCUUCGUUUUAGUUCGAGUCGACACGGUGAAAUCACUGAUCUCUGGGUGAGAUGGAAGAGUGGAGACUGAGCUCGAUCGGUACUCUCAGUGAAGAAGUCCUGAACAAGUUGGCUAAAAUGUUGGACAACGCCAGCUGCGGAUGGAGACAGCUGGCCAAGGCCGUGGCCGAGGAGCCUCGUUUCUGUUACAGUGAGAGCGAGCUGACCAGCUGCUCUCUGCAGGCACUGAGCCCCACGGGAAGCUCAGCACUCUCUCUUCUCGCUCUGCUGGUGGAUCGUUCCUGUUCCUUGGAUUUCCUGCUCAGCUGCUUGAAAAAGAUAGACCACCAGGAAGCGUCUGUGUAUCUCACCGCCGCAGUGAAAGAGCUGAUUUGGAUCACUGUGCACCCACAAUCCCAGCAGGCCUCAGCAGGGAGCAGGGUGGUGCUGACCUGUAAAGCUGCUGGAUUCCACAGACUGAGCUACCAGUGGUUCAAAGGCAACAAGGAGAUUUUGGAUGAGACUGGGUGUACUCCUGAGCUGGCUCUUUGUCCUUUGGCCUCAGUCCACCAGGGUUACUAUAUCUGUCGGGUCAGCCAUGGAGAAAACUGUGUCUUCUCCCAGUGGGCUCAUGUUAGAUUGGUCCAUUCUGCAGAUUCAGGCUACAGCAACAACCUGUUUCCAGGGUCAGCGAGUGGGCUGCGUGUCAUCCAACAGCCUUGGCCCAAGACAUUGUCUGAUGGUGACACUCUGGUGCUGGAGUGCCGUGCAGAGGCCAACCCUCCUGCCCAGUACCAGUGGUACCACAAUAUGGAGCCCCUGUCACAACACAAAACACCGUCACUCAGAAUACCAUGCGUGACCACAGCCCACAGAGGGCAAUACAGGUGUAAGAUGUUUAAUUUGUACCAUGAGGAAUGGAGUAAGCCUGCUACAGUCACCAUUGGGCCCACUUCUCUUGCUGAUAUCUCCUGGGUAGAAAUUGACCGAGGUCAAGAUUCUCAGCCAAUGCACAGGUCAGCAAGUGGGUCAGUAAUGCAGACUCCAGACCAGAGUGCAGAGCCGCUCGGUUUUAGUAAAGACCUCUAUGCCACAGACAAAGUAGCUCUCCUGAUUGGCAACAUGAACUACGUCCACCACACUGAGCUGUGUGCUCCCAUGUCUGAUGUCCACGAGCUCACCAACCUCCUCAGACAGAUGGAUUUCAAAGUAGUUUCUCUGCUUGACCUCAACUGGCAGGAGAUGCACAGUGCUGUGACCGAGUUUCUGCUGCUGCUUGACAAAGGAGUCUACGGCUUGCUGUACUUUGCGGGUCAUGGUUAUGAGAACUAUGGCAACAGUUUCAUGGUUCCCAUCGAUGCUCCGGCCUCCUACACGUCAGACCACUGUUUGUGUGUCCAGAACAUCCUCACGAGGAUGCAGGAGAAAGAGACCGGACUAAAUGUCUUCCUGCUGGACAUGUGUCGGAAACGAAACCCAAACGAUGAUGCCGUUAUUCAAACAGGACUGCUGAAGGUGACGGCAAACAUCGUGUUUGGUUAUGCCACUUGUGUAGAUGCAGAGGCAUAUGAAGUGAAGAAGGAAGACGUGUCCAAUGGCAUCUUCAUAAACUUCCUCAAACAACAUGUUUGUGAAGAUGAGAAGGUGACAGUCAUGUUAGACAGAGUGGCUGAAGACAUGGGUCGCUGUGUGCUCACAAGAGGGAGACAGGCACUGGAAUUACGCAGUAAUCUGUCUGAAAGACGUUCUCUCACUGACCCGAUACGGAACUCUGACUGUCCUGCAGCCUCUUCAGCCCGAAACCUGCAGUGGGCUGUUGCUCAUGUAUUGCCUGAGAGCUGUGUCCUGCAGUUUGAAUGUGGAGUGUCGGUUCAGCUUGGGUUUGCAGCAGAGUUCUCCAACGUCAUGGUCAUCUAUACUCGAAUACUAGAACAACCCAGUGAAAUUGUGUCCUGUUCCGCUCAGCUUACAGACUUUAAUGUGGACGUGGACAUUGAUCUGAAGCAGUCGAAUCAAGAAAGCCUGCUCGAAGCUGGGAGUUUGUUGUUGAUUGAGGAAAGUCUUCCUUCACCAGAUGUUCCCAGUCUCUACACUCGCAUCCAAAGCCUGCAGAGACUCAGGAGCGAGCUCACGUUCACGGUUUGUCUUCAUUACCGUUAUUACAACAUGGAGGAGGAAGUACAGGAAAGGCACCCUGUGACAGUUGGGAAGCCACUGGUCUCCAAACUCAACCUCCAUGAACCACGACUACCUCUCUCCGCCUCAUUGGUUAGCCUGGACAAUUUCAGCGUUACAAAGUUCUCUCCUCCUACCUUUGCCUCUGGUAGUUCAUCGACACAGUCAUGUGAUGCAGAAACGGGCAGAAAAUCUGCCACCACUGAUUGUCCGACUAUAUCCAAGAGUGCCAAUAUGCCAGAGGAGACAGACUGUCCGGAAUUAUAUGAUUGUGAUAUGCCUCAACCUCUUGUCGCCAGCAAAAGCUUGUCCGGCCAGUUUAGCGACAUGUGCCGUUUUUAAUCCUUGAACGUUUGUAGAAAAUGAUGAUGGAACAAUUGCAUAAUGAGAGUUUGAUGAAGAACUUUUUUUUUUACAAGGGUUGAGAUGAUGCAUGAAAUCAUUAGUCGACUAGUCGGUUAGGUCAAAUCUAAAUGGUGAAAUGACAGCAAAUUAAAAAAAAAAAAAAAACAACUAUAAAACU